AAUAAUUCAUGUUUUCAGUGUUUCUCCUUGGUCACCAUGGUAACCAGUUUGAGAAGUGACUGUGGUAGACAUUGCUUUGUCCCCCGAAUGGAAUCUGACAUAUUCAACAUAUUACCUCUCCUCCUUUGACAUCACAAGGAACAUUUUUCACUCAGUGUGUGUGCGUGUGUGUGUGCGUGUGUGUGUGUGUGUGUGUGUGUGUGUGUGUGUGUGUGUGUGUGUGCGUGUGCGUGUGUGCGCCUCAUCAAGUCUGAGGAUGACAGGCCACACAGCUGAAAGAGGUCGCUCACCCCACAACCUGUCAGUCAAGACCAGUUUGGAGGAGGAGAUCGAAAGAACCGAGAGUAUUCUAAGCAGGGUUCCAUCGGUGUGCGAUGACACAUCCUCGGAGCUUCAAAGGGUUGCUGCUCUUGACCCUCAUGGCUGCAAUUCCAGGAAUUCCUUUCAAAGGACCGGAGCCGUCUCCAGACUGGUGAGCAUUGUGGUGAGACUGAGGGAAUGGGCUCACAGGAGUUUGGUCCAGGAGCAGGAGAGACCGGACUCCUUUCUGGAGCGCUUCAGAGGCCCUGAACUGAGAAAUGCACCCAGUCGUGCAAGCAACACACAAACAGACGCCAACGGCAACAAUGCCAAAGGAACUUUUAGGAACAAUUGGGAUGUUUUUGUGGUUUCCCCAUCUGAUGAUGCGUACUAUCGCUGGUUGUUUGUCAUAGCCGCAGCCGUGCUCUACAACUGGUUCCUUGUUGUUGCAAGGGCGUGUUUUGAUAGAUUACAGGUGACCAAUUACAUCUGCUGGCUGGUGCUGGACUACAUCUGCGACACGGUGUACAUCAUGGACACGUGUGUACGACUUCGCACAGGGUUCCUAGAACAAGGUCUUCUGGUGAAGGACCACACAAAGCUGAGGGACAGCUACAUGCGCACGUUACAGUUCAAGCUGGACGUAGCGUCCAUCUUGCCCACAGACCUGUUCUACUUUUACACCGGCAUCCACACGCCCCAACUCAGGUUCAACCGUCUGCUGCGUUUCCCUCGAAUGUUCGAAUUCUUCGACCGCACCGAGACGCGUACCAACUACCCCAAUAUGUUCCGCAUCUGCAACUUGGUGCUCUACAUCCUGGUGAUCAUUCACUGGAACGCCUGCAUCUACUACGCUAUAUCCAAAUCUUUAGGCUUUGGUUCAGACACCUGGGUGUUCCCGAACAUCUCCAAACCGGAAUAUUCCUCUCUCACUCGGAGUUACGUCUACUGUCUGUACUGGUCCACUCUCACGCUAACCACUAUUGGAGAGAUGCCCGCACCAGUGCGAGAUGAAGAGUACGUUUUUGUGGUCUUUGACUUUUUAGUUGGCGUGCUGAUCUUUGCCACCAUUGUGGGGAAUGUGGGUUCAAUGAUUGCCAACAUGAACGCAACCCGUGCUGAGUUUCAAGCUCGGAUUGACGCCAUCAAACAUUACAUGCACUUCCGCAAAGUCAGCAAAGACCUAGAGACACGCGUCAUCAAGUGGUUCGACUACCUGUGGACCAACAAGCAAGCCGUGGACGAGCAGGAAGUGUUGAAGAAUUUACCGAACAAACUCCGCGCGGAGAUCGCGAUCAACGUCCACUUGGAAACCUUGAAGAAGGUGCGUAUUUUUCAAGACUGUGAGGCAGGAUUGUUGGUGGAGCUGGUGCUCAAGUUACGCCCACAAGUCUUUAGUCCAGGAGACUACAUCUGCAGGAAAGGCGACAUCGGCAAGGAGAUGUACAUCAUAAAAGAAGGCAAGCUCGCCGUGGUGGGAGAUGAUGGCAUCACGCAGUACGCCCUCCUCACGGCCGGGAGUUGCUUCGGAGAGAUCAGCAUUUUGAAUAUCAAGGGCAGUAAGAUGGGAAACCGUCGGACCGCCAACAUUCGCAGUUUGGGAUACUCUGACCUCUUCUGCCUCUCAAAGGACGACCUAAUGGAGGCCGUUACCGAGUAUCCAGACGCCAAGAUGGUCCUGGAGGAGAGGGGCCGCGAGAUCCUGAUGAAAGAGGGUCUCCUAGAUGAGAAUGGCGAAAGUGGCGAGCUCCACAAAGAGGACACUGAGGAGAAGGUGGAAAGGCUGGAGUCUUCUCUCGACACACUGCAGACUCGUUUUUCGCGUCUUCUCGGCGAGUAUGUGCACACUCAGCAGCAGUUGAAGCAGCGCAUCACGCUGCUGGAGAGGCAGAUGAAUCAAACGGACUGCGGCACAGAAGCCAGCCAUGACGUUGGUGCGGAUACGGAAUCAGCCAGUGAGGUUCACCUCGAUGGUUCUCCUCGUGGGAAUAACUUGCAAGUCAAAAAUCUUAAAAGCCCAAUGUAA